UGAAUUUUUGUUUCUGAAAUGGGUAUCUAAGACUAACAUUUAUAUACCCCAAGUCGAUGCCUGGUAAUGGAUGGAUCAUUGGACACAGAUCGAAGGACGAUAACCCACGAAGAGCUGAUCUCAGUGACAGCAGGUUUUCCAACCCGUGGUUCAGAUCUUUCUUUGCCAGUGCCAACUUAGGGCAACACUACAACUCGUCAAAAUGCUGAUCACAACCAAAAAGCUGUUUCGCGCUCUGGCCUUGUGCGCCUUAGGAAUCGGUCGACUUUCGCUAUCCAGGCUGGAUGCAGAGAGAAGUGCGGCAUCUGAGUCUCUUGCUCUCUUGAACGACGUUGGACAACCAGGUUCUACGAAUACUGUGCCAAAGGAACUUACAGUCGAACAACAGCUGCUUGAACUCGACCCAGCUGGAAAGAAAGCCAAGAUUGAAUCGCUCGAGCACAUAAGCAAAAAGAUUGAGAAGCGAAUCAAGUCACUGGACUCGACAACUAACCAGGACUUUUCAAACCUUCAAUAUCAACUGGACGCGUAUCGUCUUGCGCUCAAACACCCGAUCCUAGACAGGGUUUUCCAAUUGAGUGGCCUCACUGGCUCGUCCAUGACCAGUCUCCAACUCAAAACCAGUGACGGAACAGCUAUUCAAGAAAGAUCUGAUAAGCAUUACAGGUUUACGAAGCUUCUACAAAUUUUCUUACGGUUGGAUAGGCUGUCCUCGUCUACAAAUAAGCCGGGCUCAUAUCGCAAAAUACUACACGGCGGGGGGAUUUCGAAAGGACACUGACGAGCCCAGAGCGUCACCGACGAAAUAUCGUCCUCGCGACCCUAAACACCGUCCGGGUGACAGCAGGGUUACCGCCCUGUCCCUGUUCCGGUUACAAGAACGGCACCCCAGGGUCACUGAGGGUCGUGUCACCGGGACGCUUACGUUUUUGCGGAUCCACGACGCACCAGUCACAACCUGGCAACAUCUGCGUCCCGCGAGGGUGCCGGGGACCGUAUGACUGCGAUGGGGACAUUGGCCCCAUGGUAAUUGGGUGGGGCCGCAGGAGCCAGUGGGCCAACAGUUGCCAGACGGGCCGAAUGGUCUGUGGACCGGCCAGUCGGGCUUUCGUCUGAUCCCACCUUGGCUGGGACAGUGCGACGGAACUUGACUAACUCGCUGCACUACUCCGAGGGUCCAACUUGUUGUGCAUCAUGCCGACCGUAAAGUACUUCAACUGCAUCGCUACUGCCGAUGGCCCGUCUUAUGUCUGUCUGAUUUGCACAAACGCUCGUCCCACCAAGGAUUACCGGCGGCACAGUCGACGCUACAAUCAUCAACUGAACAUUGCCAGGCGGGAGGAAGCUGAUCUAAUACGGCGUCACGAAGAUGUGAACCAUGAUAAUCUUGAUGUGCAGCCCGAUAUCCCAUAUGCACCCGACGACCGGCAAGGACUUGCACCGACGGCGCCAGCCUUUAAUGACGGGGCGAUCGCAACCGAGGGGCCGAUGCUAUCGCCCGGGGUCGACCGCUCAAGCCGUUCACGCGAGGAUAACCCGAACUCGUGCCCUCAAACGGACAUUCCGGUAGAAGAUGAACUAGACUUCCCCGAUGAGCUGCAUGAUGACGAGGGUGGCUUAUUCGAGCAUGAUGACCGGGAACCUGGGCAACCAGCCGUCCCGGACGUGGCUGCCGCGGCCGAGACAACGGCCCAGGCAGAUUGGUUCCCAUUUCGGAAUAAGAUGGAUCUCAUAGGUUCUCUCAUGAUGGGUCAUACCCAUUCAAUGAUGUCUCGAAAGAUGUACUCAAAGAUAAGAGGUAUCCUCCGGUUGUGUGACCUGCGGGUUCCUGAGUGGGGCACUGUGCGGGAUUCCAGGGCUCGGAUCCGAGAUAUCACCCGGUCGACUGUCAAUACGUCCACAAGUGUUUUUGAUACUCCGUGUUUCUCUCUGAGUGCCAAGGCGCUUAUCUCCCAGGACUUGGGUAAUCCUCUGGUUAGCCGGCAUUUGGAGUUUUAUCCAGACCACACCGAGGGCCAAAACGUGUCUCGGUUUUCUCAAUCCCUCAAGUGGCUUCAGCACAUGGCUCCCGAGAACCGUGCGCAGAUGUGCGACAUCAAUGACAAGCAUUUCUACAUAUUCGAACCGGUUCAGCUGUUGACCAAAGAGGUGGUCGUCCCGAUCUUCAUUUACAUGUACCGAUGGCGAUUGCACGCAAAAUGUAUCGAGAUUGGGGCCGAUCAUGUUACUGAGUUGGGUGAACAAACAAGGAUCACCAUUCCAUCUAGUGUCGCAUUUGACGACCCCUGUUUGAUCGCUUACGACGUACAAGAAUUUGAUUUGACUUACUCGGAAAUCCGCUUUGGUGAUGGGAGAUUGCUCACUGACGCAUGUAAAGGCUACAUAUAUGAUUCGGAUGGUCUGGUGGACAGAGAGAUCGCCUUGCCGAAUCCUUGGAGAACAGCCGCCGAUGGGAAAGUCCUCCGGAAUGUCCCAGUUACCCUGUACUGUGAUGAUACGUCGGGGAAUACAUCAAAACAGUUUAACAAGCAUGUGUCUUUUUAUUUUACACUAUCAGGAUUGCCUCCUCAUGUGUCAAACCAGGAGUUCAACUGCCACUUCCUGUCGACCUCAAACAUUGGCAGCGCUUUGGAGAUUGCAGAUCAGGUUGUUGAUGAAUUCAAUGAGAUGGGAACUAAAGGUUACGGGGCGUUCGAUGCUUCUAUUGGGCAGCCGGUUUGGGUGAUGUCGACGGUAUUGUGCUUCCUGGCGGACUCGCCAAUGCAUGCGGAAAUCACCAAUACUCCGAACCCAGGGCAGUCACUCAAUCCGUGCCGAGUGUGUACACUCUCGUGUGAGAAGAAGAGCUUGAAGACGUCCAGGGAUUACGUACAGAGGUUUUUGUGUAUGGAUGAAUUGGGUGAAGAGCUGCCUAAUGCGUUGCGAUCUUGGGCCGGAACACGGGAGGAAACUGAGCGGCUGUUCUCUGUGGCCAUGUCGGUGAACAUGACUCAAUUCAAAAAGCAGUCACUGUGUUCUGGAAUUAAAGAUGCAAUUAACACCCGGCUGCUGACGGAUGCGAAAACGAGCGAUAGGGUGAAGGAUACUGUUGAGCGGUUGGAAUCAACGCAAUCACAUCGAUUAUACAAUGCUUUCUUAAGACUGCACGGAUUUGAUGGGGUCUUGGAUACCCCUGUGGAGGUGCUGCAUGUUGUCUUACUUGGCAUUGUGAAAUACCUGGCACGGGACUUUGUCAAACCGCUAUCAGAAACAGUUAAGUUGGAAUUGAUAGCUCGACUGCGUUCUUUCAACUGUGACGCACUGAACAUCGACUCGCUCAAGCCAAACUAUUUGAUUCGACACAUUCUGAGUAUUGUUGGUCGCGACUUCAAGGUCGUCUUGCAAUGUGCACCCUUUGUCUUCUUUGAUUACAUGACUGAGGAAAAACGGAAGAUAUGGUCGGCUCUGUGUCGGCUAACACCUUUGAUAUUCCAAACAACUAUUGUAGACAUGGCCGACUACCAAAUCCAGUUGAAACUUCACAUCGACAUUUUCCUCUACCAUCUCAUCAGUUCAACAGCCCAAUGGGUCAAUAAACCCAAAAUUCAUAUGCUCCGCCACCUGCCCGAAGGAAUCCUCCGAUUUGGCCCGGCCUCGCUUUGCUCUACUGAGAAAUUUGAGUCAUACAACGGCGUUUUGCGAAAGGCCUCGGUCCAUUCUAACAAGCUGGCCCCAGGGAGGGACAUCGCUAUCACUUUCAACAGCUAUGCCUGUAUCAAGUUUUGGCUCUCAGGCGGUUACCUACUCGACGAAUCAACCGGGUUAUUAACAAGGGCUUCCAUUCAGGUUCGGCAGGCUUUUGAAGAGAAUAUCAGUCUCCAGGAGUCAUUGGGAUACAGUGCGACAAAUACGUACCAGCCCGCCCCAGACGAGUACCCCUCAUGCCAUGCUGGGCACUACCGUUGUGAAUCGACAAGCAACCCUCCGGAUAGCCUGGUCGACUUGGCGGGGGAUGCUCCAGUGCGUCAGCGUGCGGGUCUAUUGCUGGGACGGAAUGAGGAUGUGCGGGUGGGGUUUUUUGUGGUCGUACGAGGCGUCAAUGGGUCGUGCAUGAUAGGUGAGGUCGACUCAAUUUGGGAGGUCGAUUGGGGUUUUGCAACGACUUAUCAUCUGGAUAUAGUUGGCUUUGAUGUUGAUGGCUAUGACGAACAUUACGAUAUGACGAGGAUCGCUCGGACUGCGUACAUUCACCUGGUCAAUGCUACGGAUGUAGAAGGUGCCAUAAACGUUCAGCACAAUUGCCAGUUGGGCAGAUGUGCCCUCGAUCAAACUGGUUCGACGUUCCGCGAACGGAUCCUCACGAAUGAAAAGUCCGAUGAGCUUCGGCACUCAGACAAAGAUCACUUCGUCAUAAAUGGGGCCUCGUUACACAACCCUGCGUUGCACCAACGGAUGAGCCUUCCGGGGCCUUUGCCGAUCUCCCAUGCCAAUUGGAGGGACGCAAUCACCCUUGGCCUGGAAAUUUGGGGACAUCCCGAUGACCCCGGUUUGGACUCAGACGAAUCUGAUGACGGGACCGAACCAAUGGAGGUGGAUGUUGAUUUAGACCCGGUUGAUGAGAUGUAAUGGCAUUGGCUUUCCGGUUGGCUGGCCUCUGUACUCGACACUUUUAUGCAAUGAAAAUUUCGCUUCAUACAUGGGGUAGCCCACCCAUGUUGUCCAUGCCCACGGCCAUUGGCCACAGCCACUGAGUGUGUUGGGUGUACAGGACUGAUACAGCCC